UUGAAUUACAUGAUGGAUGGUGAUUUAUUGAGAUGUGGUCCCGUACAUACAUGCACACGUUGCCCGUCGACAAGACGCCCUCUCAAAUAAGUUAGUUGAUCGGUUCCCAAAUAAGGGGAGCUACGGAUGCUGCAGCGAGAGAUAGGUCGUUGCUUGUACGCUCAUUGAUGAGGUAGUCUAUUCACAUAUAUGUCUCUCCCCUGUCUCCCUACGGCAGGAAACACAGCACUAUUCACUAUUCAAUCGGCAGCCAACCACUUCCCGCCCUCCCUCCCUCCCUCUAGCCCUCCAUCACUGGAUGCUGUCCUCCGAUAGCGUCUCGUCACCACUACUGUCGUUGCUGUCGGUGCCAUCAGAGCCGACGUCGGUGUAAUUGUCGAUGUCAAACAAGAUGUUCCAGUGAAUGGCGAGAAUGACCCUCGACUGAAGCAACAUCACACAGACAACAUCCACCAGACGCGACAACAGCCGUGCAUUUGGAAAGACAUAUCACGCAGACGGACCCGAAGUCGUGUGUCUUCGUCGGCAUGGUGGGCCAGCUGCGAAAUUCUCCUCUGUCCGUCAGCCUGCACACACAAGAGGCCGACAAGCAGAUGUUUGUUUUCGGCUCUCUCUAUCGCCUGUGUGUGACUCACCUGUUGUAUGAGAUUGCGGUAGGGGUUCUGUGCGAGGCCGUCGCGCAUCUGCACCUGGUGACCCACACUGCACAGAACCACAACACACUUGUUGCUCAUGGCACAGAUGCGUUGUUGUGUCGUGACAGGAAGGAUACAUUAGCAGGUUCUGGAUUGCUUUGAGCACCCUGGUGAGUAUGGCGACCUCAGUGUUGUCGUCGAGUAGAUCACACAGCGGCCCGACGCAACCGCAACUAACCAAAUACUCAACCUGAACAGCAAUAACGACAGACAGCAGUGCAGGAUGCCGUAAGCUGCUCUCCUGGUCCAUCUGCUGCUGCGAUCCUUGUCUCAUCCCAUUGAUGACGGCCCACAGUGCCUCUCGCUUGACGCUCGGCUCAUCAGUGGUGGCCAUGGUGAUCAGUUGCGGCACCACAUCACCAUCGAUGACCGCCUGCCGCUGCUCACCCGAACCUAACCAGACAGAGAUGCGCCGUUGUCCCCAAUGUGUUGUUUGUGUGUACGCGUCUUCCUGCCUUCAUGGACCUACCUGCCAUGAUGUUGGAGAUCGCCCAACAGGCCUCCCUGCAGAUAUUCUGCCUGGGUGACGACAGCAAUGCCUUCAGUGCAGGAAUGGCACCACACUCGAUGACGGCCUGUGUCUGCACAGCAUUACCUGAGGCUCCCCAGACAAACAGACACACCAACAUCAGCGCAUCUAAAUCUCUCUCGUCAGCCCAGCCCUCCGUGUGUGCAUGUGUGUACCCGCCGCGAUGUUGCCCACAGCACGUAAUGCAGGCACCUGAAUCUCAUUGCUGUGGUGGCCCAUCAGCUCCACCAAUCGGCCGCACACACCACUGUCGAGAAUCACCUCGAUGCCCUCGUCGCCUGCCCCGUUUGUGAAGUGCGACAGCACCCUGCAUCCCCGUCUGAGCACUUCAGCGUCUUGUUCAGGCGUCCUGAUGAGCUCUGCCACCACCGACACCACUUUCGACACCAACUCGAAGGGGCGAGGGGGCUUCUGGCUGAGGUUCGAGAGUGCCCAGGUAGCGGUGCGCAUCAUUGAUACAUUCUCGCUCUCAUGACGCAGCACCUUGACCAGUGGCUCCAUGACGCCCGCCUCCAGCACCAGGUCGCAGGAAGAUGAGGCAUCCCCCGCAAUGGCGUUUGGCCCGUCGCCGGCGAUGUUGCCCAAGGCCCAAAGAGCCUGGUGGCGCACAUCAUCAUCAGGGGACGACAGCAGCUGCACGAGGGGCGGGACGGCACCCGCAUCAACGACGGCCUUCGUCUGUUCCGAAGUGCCCGAGGCGAUGUUGGUCAGCGCCCACGCAGCCUCGUAUUGCACCUUCGGCCGGCUUGAGUCGCCGAGAACGGCCACCAGUGGCUGAAUGACGCCCGCGUCGAUGGCCUCCUGGAUGGGCGGCUCGAAUGUGGUGCACAGCAGCGUGUGGACUGCCGUGGCGGCCUCCUGUUGGAUGGCUGCAUCGCCGCUGUCGAGUCCGACGGCAAUGACGGCCAGAAGAGAUUCGCUGACACCAUUCAUAAGCCCGUUUCGGGAGCAGACGAUGCUGCAGAGGGCACUCGCCACGUAGACGCGCACAUCGAGAUGCGGGGACGAGAGCUGUUGCAAGAGAGCGGCCACUGCAGCAGCGUGCUCAAUGACGACGUCAGCCUCAGCCGCAGCGAUGGCGGCCAGGCAUUUGGCGGCCUCGAUGGCCGUCCAACGGCAAGAGCUGCUGAGAAGUCUGACCAGCACCGGGAUCAGUGUGGCGUCGCCAGCCGCCACGACGUUCUCAUCGCCUUCAGCCACAGUCAGUCGUCGGUGCAGCUCGCGGAGGGCAUUGAUCUUGCUCAGGGAAAAGUGGCUCGAAAGACGCUUGAUGAGUUGAGGAGUGGUCAGCUGCGUGAGGUCCGGCCAUAUGAACGACCAAACGGUCGCCCAGACGGCACUGAAGAACGACAUCACUCUGAGGCCGAAAGGUGCGUAUGAGUCCGUCAGUCGUCGUCAACCGCUGAUCUGCCCGGAUCUUGACGAGGCGAUUUGGCGAUGAUGAUGUAAGAAUAGGGGGGAGAGAGUCG